AGAUGGAUGUGGUUUAAGACAAACAAGGAAGUGAAGGAGAGGGAGAAGAACCAGCUACUACACAACACACGCACAACAAGAGAACGACAAACAUGAUGAGCUUGAGGAAAGUCUGCAGAUCACCCUCUUUGCGCAUUCUUCAGAGUCACAGGGUGUUCAAUCAUCGCAGGGGAUACAUCUGCAACCCCGAGAGCAUCGCCCACUGCCGCGAUCUUGUCCAGCAUGCAGAUGUCGAGGGGUACCUGUGCCUGGCGUUCUAUCCCAAGGAGAUCCGGCAGCACAUCCUCGCUAUCAAGGCGUUCAAUGUGGAGGUCGCAAAGGCUGCGGACAAGAGCUCGAAUGAGAAGAUGACGGAAAUCAGGCUUCAAUGGUGGAGAAGUGUUAUUGAGAAGCUACCGACGAAGCAGCUUCCCACCCAUCCUGUUGUUGAUGCGCUGUGUGAGACUUUCCACAAGUACGACCUGGACAUGGACCUUCUCUACUCGCUCGUUGACAAGAGAAUCCAAGAUCUGAAUGUCAAGAUCCCUGAAACUCUGUACUAUACCGAAGAAUACGCCGAAGGAACCCAAGGAGCCUUGCUGAAGCUUGCGCUGAAGGUCUUGGGUGCGCACACGGUGCCCGGCAAUGUCAAGGCUGCGCAUCAAGUCGGAACGGCUGUUGGGAUCUCGAUGCUGAUGAGGGGAACGAAGUUUCACGCCCAGAGGAACAAAGUCUACAUCCCCCGAGAGCUUGCUUCUACUUGCCAGCUCUCCAUCAGCUCCCUCACUAGGUGUGAGCCGUCGCCCGAGCUUGCAAGGUGCAUGCAGCAGAUGGCUAUCUUGUGCAGAGAGUAUCUCGACGAGGCGAAGAAGAAUGCAUGGACCAAAAGCUCUGCCUGUCCUCUACUCGGCUUCCAUCGCUAGAGCUUUCCUGAAUCGACUGGACUCCCUGGAUU